AUGGGCAAGCAAGACCCAACGACCGACGCGGUGAAGACGCGAGCCUCCAAGCGCCUGGCCGACGCCCUCGCGCGCCAAGGUUCGGCGGCAAAGACGUCACGGACGAAGAAGCCCCCGCGCGUCAACCAGCCGCGGGAGGGACCGAAAAUGGCUCUGGCCGCCCCCGAGCGACGACAGCUCAUUGCGUUCUACUACAUCCACGUGCUCGCAGCGCCCGACGAGAGCCACUGGGACGGCUCAAACGGCACCGUUUCGACGCUGGUCAAGGCACUCAAGCUCCCCACAGGCUCGCGCGCGGCCGUUCGCCAUGUGCUCGAGGUCGUCCAGCACAAGUUUGCCACCGGCGACGAGGCCUACACGGACGUGACGACGCCGACGACUAGUUGA